AGUCUUGGGAAUCGCCAUGAUGGAACUGGCAAACAAACCAGUGCAUUAUGGUGGCAAUCCCUGCAUGCUUGCAUGCGUCAGUGUCGCACCGUUCUGCGUUCCUGAUCGACAAGCGUUCGAAUCUGGCUCGAUCUCUUGGCGGCGAUGCAGGACGCUUGAUGGAGCUCUCCCCAUCGAUCAGGAUCUAACUUCGCCUUCAUCUCUCCACCACACCCAUCGCAAUGACUUCGGCGCGAUCCCCUAGUGCGCUUCUCGGCACAUUCCGAGCAGCUUCACUUCGUCCGGCUGCUGCUUGGAGACAGCGGUGCUUGUACCAUUCACACGAGUAUACGCAACCUGCGCCAUUCCCGCCCGCCGAGUCCGCCAUUCUCUCUUCCGCCCUUUCGCAUGUACCGAGCUAUGGAUUCACAGCGGAUGCUCUCCAUUUGGGAGCGCGCGACGCCGGCUACAUGGAUGUAUCUACAAACCUGCUCCCGCGUGGCGUGUUCGAUCUCAUCAACUACCAUUUGGUCACACAAAGACUGGCGCUGAAGAACACUGUUCAGUUCCCAUCUACGGCCGAUCAAGGCAAGAAACUGGGCACUGGGGCUAAAGUGCGCACAUUGACACUGGCGCGCUUGCGGGCAAACGAGCCUAUAAUACAUCGCUGGCAAGAGGCUCUUGCAGUAAUGGGACAACCUUCGUACGCGCCAACCUCUCUCGCCGAGCUAGCUCGCCUAGCCGACGAAAUCUGGUAUCUUUCUGGCGACGAGAGUGUCGAUAGCAGCUGGUAUACCAAACGUGCUAGCCUAUCCGCAAUAUACUCAGCAACUGAAGUAUUCAUGACCCAGGAUAAAUCCAAGGACUUCAUCGAGACCGAACAGUUCUUGGACUCGAGGCUGGGGGAUGUCAUGAAAAUGGGAGGAUUCAUUGGAGCCCUGUCUGAAUGGGCCGACUACACGGCACACUCCGCCGUCAACGUGCUCAGGAGCAAGGGAAUGCGCGUCUGAGGGGUCCAGACCCUUGGACUGUUCCAAGUUGGGCGACAUCGCAUUUCCAGUCAUUGAUUGAUGCAUCGGCGAUGAGACGAUGACUACCGCGACCUUGACAAACCGCGUAGCCCUGUACAACGCUAGCUUGUACAUGCUUCGCAUCAUUUUCUACAUGAACGUGGAAGGAUCCCGCAAUGUCCGUUUUCUGUACUAUAUCAUGUUCCACAUGGAUGAACGAGAGGCUUCGGCAUUGAUUACCACCUUGUCGCCCUCUAGCGCUUCAAUCAAUAUGGCGCCACGGUUGCUCUUACAUCGCCGAUGGUCUUAGGUUUCACCCUGUAUUUAAUCAGGCCAUUUUUCUUAGAAGGUACACGU